CUCUUUGAUGAAGUCGGGGAGUCUUCCAGCAAAAUGUCAGGUACCAGUCUAAAGGUAGUACAUGUUAUAUCCACAGAGGGCAUUACGAUCUCAGUCAUCCCCUCCAGAAAGGUUAUAUUUGAAAACGUUGGUCAUUCUUGGGGUGGCUUAGUUGUUUAUUGAAAUUAUUUCUUUUAAAAUGGCAAUGCCAAGAAGUUAUGGUGGCUUAUCUGAUUACAGAACCGUUCCUGCGCCUUCUUUUAGUCCAUAUUCUGAAAAUGGAGGGAGUGUAGUAGCUGUAGCUGGCGAUGACUUCGCAAUUAUAGCAUCUGAUACACGUUUAAGUACAGGUUUUCAAAUUUAUACCAGAAACCAGUCCAAAUUAUUUAAAUUGUCUGAUAAAACAAUUCUUGGUAGUACUGGUUGUUGGUGUGAUGUUCUUUCUCUUACUAGGCUUGUUCAAACCCGGAUAAAAAUGUAUCAGUACGAUCAUAAUAAAGUUAUGUCCACUCCAGCAGUUGCCCAAAUGCUCUCUGUACUACUUUAUUAUAAACGCUUUUUCCCAUACUAUGUAGCCAAUAUUCUUGCUGGAAUAGAUGAUAAUGGUAAAGGAGUGGUUUACAGUUACGAUCCAAUCGGUCAUCAUGAAAGCUCAAAAUUCAGAGCUGGAGGAACAGCUGGAGCUUUAUUACAACCACUGUUAGACAAUCAGCUUGGUAUGUUGAAUCAAGAAAAUGUUCAAGACAAAACAUACACUUUGGAAAAAGCCCAUGCAAUUGUAAAAGAUGUCUUUAUAUCAGCUGCUGAAAGAGAUAUUUUUACUGGUGACAGAAUAUCAAUUAACAUAAUAACAAAGGAUGGGAUCAGAGAAGAUUCAUUUGAGCUUAGGAAGGACUAGAGCUUCUAUUCCAUUCAUUUCAUUUUCAAUUAUAUGUGUAUCUUAUCCACUUUUAAAAAUAAACAUUUACAAUUUUGGUU